AGCGCUCCCCGGCGGCUCCAGCCGCUCCGCGCUCCGCCGACAGCAUGGGCGGCUCAGCCUCCGGGCCGUUGGACGACAGCAAGUGCGCCUACAUCCGAGGAAAAACAGAGGCUAUCAUCAAAAACUUCAGCCCACACUACAAACGCCAGUACGCCGUGGCUUUCUGCAAGCACGUGCAGGAUGAGCUGGAGCAGCACCGCAAUUCCCAGUCCCAGUUCCUGAAAACCAGGCCCAAGUCAGAAGCUGGGACUGUCUUAUAUGAAACAGAGUUGUUGCAUUUUGCUGAGGAUGUGAAGAAGUGGAAGGACAGAUAUGUUGUUAUCAAAAAUGACUAUACUGUGGAUUGCUUUGAGACCAAAGAGGCCUACCAGAAAGGACUCAGCCCUAAACAUCAUAUUGUUCCUGCAGGAGGCAAAGUACUGACUUUAGAAGAAGAUUACAAUUUGCUGUCUGAUAAACAUUUUCCAGAUCCUGUUGGGUUGAGUGAGAAGGAGACUGCUCAAGCCUUCGUUCAGCUGCCAAGGGAGUUCCCAGUGUAUCUCUGGCAGCCGUUUGCCCGACACAGCUACUACUGCUUCCAGGAGCCAGAAGCCCAGAGGCAGUUCAGUGCAGUGCUGAGUGACUGCGUGAGACACUCCAACUACGAUUUUCUCAAGCAGACCACGUAUGAAGUCGAGGCGUUCUUAGAAGGCAUUCAGUUCUUCCGACAGGAGAAGGGCCACUAUGGGACAUGGGAAAUGACAACCGGCAAUGAAAAAGAGAUCUUGAGCAACCUUGUGAUGGAGGAGCUCCUUCCCAAUCUUCAGACAAUGAUCCUGCCUAAAAUGAAAGGAAAGAGGAAUGACAGGAAGCGGGCCUGGUUUGGUUUUGUAGAAGAAGCUUAUAGCUUAGUCCAGCAGCAGGUUGCAGAAGGAUUGAGUACCUUGAAAGAAGAGUGCAGAGAUUUUGCAAAAACUCUUGAAGGCACCAUUCGCUCUGACAUGGAUCAGAUUCUGAACUCCAAGAACUUCUUAGCUGGAAAAAUCAAAGCCACCGUUUCUGAGCCUGCCCAGAAAUGCUGCACAGAAAAUAUUCAACCCUUCCUCACAUCCAUUUUGGAGGAGCUCAUGGGUCCUGUGAGUUCUGGGUUCACUGAAGUUCGCUCACUUUUUGAUAAAGAAGUUAAUGAGAUCAUCCAGAACUUCCAGAAGACAAAUGAUACCACAAAGCUAAAGGAGGAUGUGGAUCAGCUUAUGAACCUACCAUUCAAUUCUGUGAAGAUGGAGCCCAGCUAUCUGAAAGUGAAUCUCCUCCAGGAGCUCCUUCAUGACCUCAAGAGUUGCUUCAAGGUGUAUCACGUUGACUUUGUGGUUCAGAGGACACAGAACUUCAUGCAAGAGCUGAUGGAAAACGCAGUUUAUACUUUUGAGCAACUGUUCUCUCCAAGUCGCCAGGCAGACUCAGUGAAAGUCGCAACAACCCUUGAAAAAGUCAAGCAGAGAGUGCUGAAGCAAUAUGAUUAUGAUAGCAGCACUGUCCGGAAGAAGAUAUUUCAAGAAGCACUGGUGCAGAUUACUUUGCCCACAAUGCAGAAGACAUUGGCUUCAACAUGCAAACCAGAGCUGCAGAAAUACGAGCAGUUCAUUUUUGCGGAUUAUGCCAGCGUGAUCCAAGUAGAGAAUGUGUAUGAAGAGAUUUUAUAUCAGAUGCUGCUUGAAGAAACCCUGAAAGUGAUAAAAGAAGCCGCCGUUCUAAAGAAGCACAACCUCUUUGAAGAUAACUUGAACCUGCCCUGUGAAAGCGUGUCCAGUUUAACUGAUCUGAAGACCCCUUCUGGGUCAGCACAAACCACUCCUGCUAAGAAGCCUUCUACCACCAGAAUGGAAGCAUCAGAUACUGAAACCCAAAGUGAGGAGACACUCAUCGUGACUGAAAAGAUUUUGUGGGAGAAGGAUCAUGAGGAUAGAAAGCCAUCAGACAAAGAGGCGGUCCUUUCUGUUAAUAUGGAUGGUAGUCAGGCAAGCAAAAGUGAAGAAGUGGUCAUUACAGACAUCAGUGAAAAACAGGAGUCCCUUUCCACUACCCCUACGAAGCAAGAAUUUGUAGAGGGAAAUACUCCCUUGGAGAAUGAAAGCAUGGUGAAAGCAGACUCUGUGGGGGACCCUGAGAAAAAGCCUAAGACACAGGAAGAAGCUGUGGAGGAAGAAGUAGCUUAUGGAACUGAAAGUACAUUGAGAGAUGUAAGUCCUGAAAAAGAACUUCAGGUACAUGAAGAAGCAGUGGAGGAGAAGGUGACUUCUGAAAAAGAAAGCAAAGUGAAUGAAGAAGGUGUUCAGAUAGAGCUGACUUCCCCACCUAAUAAAACAGCAGAAACAGAGAUUUUAGGAAGUGCUGAAAUGAAAAUUGAGGUAGAAAAAGGGGUUACAGAGGAAUUGUCACAGAGUGAAAAUGAAGCGGGAACUGGAUUUGAAAAGGAUAGUAAAGAAAAAAGCAAGGAGCAAGAGAUUAGUGUUGCUUCCCAGGAUGAACACACAAGGAAAGGAGCAUCUGGGGAUAAUCUUGAGAAAGAAAGUGAGACAGAAGUAAAGAACUGUGAACCUCUUGAUGGUGUGAACGAAAUAAGGAACUUGCUGAUGGUAACGGUUGAGUUACCGGCUGAUACUCCACCUGAGCAGGUAGAAGAGAUUUGUGAAGCUGAGAUUGUAAAGUUGCAAGAGUACGAAGGGAACAAUGAGACAAGCAAAACGGCUGCGGCAGAAGUUCAAGUGAGCCAGAUGAUGGUGAAUAAAGAUGCAGCAGAAUGCACAGAGUUCAAGGAGGACCAGCUGUCUUCAUCUAGCUGUGGGACAGAUGGUACCAGCAUAGGGAAUGUGUCCAAGGUGGGCCGCAGUUUGGCACAGGCAGAAUGGCUGGUGGAAAUCUCAGAUACACCUCAAGAGGGAAAGUCAGAAGUUGAGAUCAAGCAAAGCGUGUGGUACACAGAUGCAGGGCGCAGUGACAGUGAUAGAUUGCAUCCAGAAGAACACGCUGAAAAUGCAUCUGAAGACAAAAGAUUAAGUGGGGAGGAAGGAGGAGCAGGGAACAGUCAUGCUGGCCUGGUGGAGGUAGGGACUGAGAGCUUUUCUCAUAAGCUUGCUGAAAAUCCAGAUGCAACACAAAUGCCCAUUCUGAAUAGAGAAGAGCCAAGAACAGGACUGGUAGAUGUGCCAUUUGUGUCAGUGGCAGAGCCAGACCAGGCAAGUGCUGUACAGGUCACUGCAGGUGCUGAGCCUGGUGGGAGCGAAGGGAAGCCAGAAGAUGAAUUGUCUUCGCACGUGGAAAUAAAAAGUUCAGAAGUAAAUAAUGUUUUCACACAAGAAAACAGAGAAGAGAGUUCUGUACAGCAAAGCCCUGAAGAGUAAGAGGCAUUUUUCAGCCCAGCCCUCCAGGAUUUAUUUGCUCCAGUAAUCCCUCUUUAAUCGUGAAUACAUACUUGAAUUUGAGCUAGAGGAAAUGGGCUGCACUGUGGUAUUACCAGCUCCUACAGUUUUGUUACAGAUCCCUUCCUGAGUGAUGGGUGAUAGGUUUCUUUUCAGUUAAAACCCUCCCUCAGAUCACUGUUGGCAAAUCUAAUCUUUCACUUCGAAUUUGCUGCCUUUUAUGAUUAUAGAAAAGUUUGAAAAUGUUGCCACUGAAUGCUUCGAAAGCAACUCAUCCCUGACUAGGAAGUUAUUAUAACAACGUAAUACGUGUUUCAGCAGAGGAGUAGCUCAUGGUUUUUAAAUGCAUGGAUUUGACAGUACUGUUACAGUUCUUAGGCAGUUGGUACAUAGGUUACUAUUCUGUAUUUGCAUGCAGUAUAUGGGAAAUAAAUAAAACUUUUAGUAGUCAAGCAGUACCAGAUAGUUAAUUUAGUAGGCUGCUCAAAAGCUACAGCCAGUGCAGAGGCUGCCAACUGAUUACUUAAUUACAUUGAAGUUUUGACAGGUAGUGAAGACAAGCAAGUGUUCUAUCUUUUUUUUUCCUAUUGCUAUAUUUAAAAUGGGGGAAAUAUGGGAGCAGGUUUCUCAGUCCCACUCUGCACUUCUGAGUUAUUUAGCCUUCCAGAGCACUUUAUGGCUAUUUUAUUUUAUUUUAUUUCAUGGAAAGGAAAGAUGAGGAUGUUUGCAGUAACUAUAACCAUUAGGCGGCAUCUCUUUGUUUUACUUCCCACCGUAAAAUUUACUCACUGAUAUCUAAUACAGAAUAUUAGGAGUCCUGCCAUUUACACUGUUACUGACUUAACUUAAGAGUUACCCAGUUCUGUAUGCCUUUUUAGGUGCAUACACAACAUCUUCAAUUGCAAUGUUUGUGAAAUAUCAUGAUCAUUGUGUAUAAUUUCUAAUACAGACAUUAACUGAAGCAAAAAUCAGCUGAGGGUUUUUUUUUACUUUGCUUAAAUUGUGGAGGGCAGAAUCACGUUUUGAAAGCAGUGAUUAAAAUGGGAACUGUUGCUUUUGUAGCCAGCGUAUUGUCAUCCACAUCAAAUUGGGACCUGUGCACAAAGCUGCUUAUAAGCAUUAUUUGCACACAGCAUUUAAAGAGCGUGCACAAAAAAAAAAGCUUGGAAAUGAAAAACAGCAGUUUAACAAAACAGGCUUUAGUGAUCAAGACCGCACUUCAGAGGUCAGGUUAGGGCACCUUAAAAAUUUAGCUUGAGGUUUCUGACUCUGAAUGAGUACAAGACAGGGCAGGACAGCAAGAUCAAUAAGUAAACACAGUAAGUAAAAUUUUUACCCAUGAAGACAUGGGAAUAAAUAGCAACUGCCAAAGCACAUUGUACUUGCUGGCACUUAACAAGCUGUAAAAAGUCUAUCAUGUAAUGCUAUCAAAAUCUGCUAUAAUACUAACAGAGAAUGGACACUAGAGGAACAGGCAGACAUUACUGCCUAUGUGUUGAGUAGACUAACCGAGUGGAGUGUCACCAGUGUAAAAUAAGCACGACUCCUGCUCCUUGCAGGAGCUGUACUGCAGUGUACAGACAUCAGUAUCACAGAUCCUUUCCUUGCAAAAGUCCUUUGCAGCAUUGUUUCCUCUGUAUACUUGGUGCAAAAUUACUCACUUGCAGACCGCUACCAGCUCUUUUUUUUUUUUUUUUUUUAACAAAUCAUUCGUUAUCCCACUGUCAGCUUUUUUUGGUUUUUAUUUUGUAACAGCUCUGUAGUUACUUGUCUUUGGUACUAAACAUUAAGUGAAGUUCAA